GACUGACAGACCGGAAGCAUAGUCGGAAGUAACUGAUCUGCAACCCUAGCCCUGUCGAUGUGUCAGAAAACAGAAUAAGAACAGCAAGAAGGUAGUUAAUUCAAUAAGAUUACAAGACUGAACAAGAGAUCAGAGCCAUGGCAUACCCACCACCAGGUCAACCGACUCAAGACCCAUUGUGGCCAUUUUUUUCCCACGUUGCUGGAGCUGAUGGGCAGAUUGAUGCUGAUGAGCUCCAGCGCUGUUUAACACAGUCUGGAAUAUCGGGCAGUUACCAGCCAUUCAGCAAAGAGACCUGUGUGAUUAUGAUCAACAUGCUCGAUCGUGAUUUUUCUGGACAAAUGGGAUUCACAGAGUUUAAGGAGCUCUGGGGUGUCCUGAAUCAGUGGAAGACGACAUUCAUGACCUUUGAUCGUGAUCGUUCUGGCACAGUGGAGCCUCACGAGCUGCAGCAAGCCCUUACAACAUUUGGCUACAGACUUUCUCCACAAGCAUUGGCGGGCGUCGUACGUCGCUUCUCCACUAACUCUAAAAUUGGGUUCGACCAGUUUGUGGGCCUCUGUGUCAAGCUGAGAUUGGCUACUACUCAGUUUCAGGCUCGUGACACACAGAGGAAUGGUACUGCCACUUUCGCGUACGAUGACUUCAUCCAGGUGGUGAUGAGUGCCUAGCCCAAGUUCUUACUUUUUAUUGAGAACCUUGUAGUAUACGUACUUUUAGUAUAGUAGUAGCAUGAAGCAAUUGUUUUCUGACCCAUGCAUUACACGUAGACACUAUUUUGUGAUUGCCUUUCCCUAUACAUCGUUAUAAUUAUGGCCCGGAUAGUUAGUGUAGUGAAUUAUAAUUAUGUAUACAUUGUCAUGGUUCAGUUGUCUGGAUGUGUUCUUAUUAAGUAAA